GAGGGAAAGACAAAGGGGACCCCACCUCUUUCUCUUUCUCUUUCUCUCUCUCUCUUUCUCACUCACAUUAUCCAUCUUCUUGUUCUUGUGCUGUUUUGUUUUCCUCAUUACUUUCACAAACAAAUGUAGACAUGGUAUUUUAGGCUGUUGCAAAGUUAGUGUUUUUUGGUUUAGAUGUCUGAGUCCAAAUCACCUGUACUCUUUGCUUGCUUCUUCUAACUUAAGAAGCCUUUCACAUAGUUUGAGGUUCAGUGCAGGAAAGUUUGGAGAUUUGAUCGGCAGUGAUGGAGAGGCUGAACUCAAAGCUGUACCUGCAGAACUGUUACAUAAUGAAAGAGAAUGAAAGACUAAGGAAGAAGGCACAGCUUCUUAAUCAAGAGAACCAGGCACUGUUGUCUGAGCUGAAACAGAAACUCUCCAAGGGAAAUCAGAAAGGCAAUGCUCCAAACACCAUUCUUGACCUGAGUCUCAGCUCAAGUGGCAGUCAAAAUCCUUCUAGUUCCUCCAACUAAUGUACUUAGCCAUGAGAAGCAUUGUGACCCCUCUAGUGACAGUAAUUGUUUUUCUUUUUUUCUUCUAAUCUUUUUGUGUAAAACCAAUGUGAGCAGUGUAGUUGUAGUUUCUGUUCCAUAGGACAAUACUAGCAAUCCUCUACCAUUUCCAUGUUUAAUCAACUUUUCUCUUUUGGGGGGUUAGAUAUGAAUUUCCGAACUACAAGGUUGUAAGAUGGUGUAUCAGCUCUAUCUGCUAGAAAGGAAUAUAAAGUUAUUAUUAUAUGCUUA